AUGGACGUAAAAUUAAUUCUUGUUGUGUUCAGAUCAGUGCAUGCAUAUGUUAUGGAGUUUCUGAAGCAAGCCAAGGUGGUACGCUUCCGAAGCCACCAUAACAAAUACCUCUUGGCCGCUGACGAUGAAGUCUCCGUUUGGCAGAACCGCGACGGCACGGCGAAGAACGCAAGGUGGACGGUGGAGUUGAUCAGCCAAAAUUCGAACACGUUACGAUUGAAGAGCUGUUUUGGGAAAUACUUAACAGCCUUAAGCACGCCAUACCUUCUGGGAAUCAAAAGCAAGAAGGUAUUGCAAACCCUACCGAGGACAUUGGAUUCAAUAGUGGAAUGGGAGCCUGUGAGCGUGGCAGAAGGAUACAAGGUGAAGCUGAAGACGGCCAACGGGCAAUACUUGCGUGCAAAUGGGUGUAGCUUACCGCCGUGGAAAGACUCCAUCUCGCACGACAAUCCUAACUGGAGAAGUACAACGAAAGAUUGGAUUUUGUGGAAUGUGGAUGUUGUGGAGAUUCGUCUGGAUGAUCAACAACAAGAAGAACAACAAGAACGACAACGACAACGAGAACAAACAAAUAUUAAUAGUGAUCAUAACGCUAGUAGUACUGGUGGUGAUGAUGAUCAUGAUCAAACAGAGCCCGGAUCUCCACUGGAGAUUGAUCUUACAUCGCCCAAACAGAAUUCACCUUCAUAUAAGAAAAAAAAUUAG